CUGCCCUUUGCCCAUCCCCCGGCUCAGUCCCAGCUUUUUUCCUGUUGUCGGUGCUCACCCCCCGCCCCCCCCCCCAUAACACCCACCAUGUCAUACUACGGUCAACAACAACCGCCACCUCCACCACAGGGAUAUUACCCACCUCCCGGUGGUCAAUACCCACCGCCCCAGCAAAUGCAGUAUGCUCCCCCGCAAGAACAGUCGCAGUCCAAGGACCGUGGGUGUCUCACCACCUGUCUUCUGACCAUGUGCUGUUGUUUUCUUUGCGAAGAGGCCUGCGAGUGCUGCUUCGAGAUUGUGGAAUGCUUAUGUUGCGGGUGCUAGUCGCGGUGUUGUACUAUACCUUCGUUUGAGAUUGAUCCU